UAUCUGGACGAGGUAGGAAAAUUUUCAUUCACGGAUCUUGUUCUCAGGUGACUACAGCUAUUUAAGCGAAUUCAUGUAUCCAGCCUCGGAUUAACAUAUUCUGCGUCCGAAUUAGCAAUAAAGAUGAAUAAAUCAUUUGAAUUAUUCUUUUUUACGCUACUGUUAUUAGGCGUUUUCCUCAAUGUGGCAUUUUCCCUACAGCUAGAGGGACUUUCCACUAAGAAGCCUCGAAUCACUAAAUAUACAUUAAAACCAACAGUAAGUUCAGCGACAGCUGUGCCAUCAUCUCUUUCUCUCUACCGCCUAAACGGAACUAGUGGUGCAACGUGCAUACUCAUUCAAACUGAUGGACUCCUCAGUAUUCAAUAUCGUGAUAAGUAUGGUGAAGACAAGGAGGCAGAUACUUUCAUGCCCGAUCAAAUGGAUAUAUCCGGCGAAUGUUGGGAAGAUGAAUCAAAAGUUUCCUUGGGUUGGAAAGGGUUCAUUUUAAAUAUUUACUUUUCAAAGACUCCGGGUGGAGAAAGGUGGUACGUUAACAGCGUUGAUUUAUACUAUUCAUCUUCGAAUAAAAUAUUCGAGCACAUUGAUCGACCCGGAUUGGACGUUAAACUAUCGACUCCUCCUGGAACACUAUUGUUCCCAACACCAGUUGGAAAAUCUUAUACGUGUGACCAAGAAGUAGUCAUAACAAUGUUUUCGCAGGAUGAAAACGAUAAGGCAGGUCACUUAGCAAAGCUGUACCUUCGUGAGCUGAGAAUGCAAAGUUUUAUGUAUAAAUCUUCAAAUACAUGGGGCCCAACUUUUCAAUGUAGUGCAACUGGAACAUAUCGGGAUGAAACAGCCCCAAUUGCUGUUGGUUCUACGCUAGCUGUAGCAACUGUAUGCACUGUUGUUGGCUAUGGUUUAUGGAGAUAUUUCAAAGUAAAAAAGUUCCAGUAUGGAACAAUGGCUUAAGAUGUUGUCAAUUUUUGCUGAGUAUCAAAAAGAUACAGACGUAUGCGGCCAAAUAGUUCUGUUAAUACCCAGUGAAGAUAAAUAAUUUGCUAACAACAUAUCAAACAAAUGUGUAUCAAACUGGAGUAUCAUAAACGUAAACGGAUACGAAUCGCAGAAACAAUUAUCUAGUCGUAUAGUACCAAAUGCUAUUACAUAAAUGACAAACAAUUUAAAAAAAUAAGUAUUUACCAGUUCAGCAAACAAAAAAAAAAACAAUGCAGUAACAAUAUGAUGAAACAUUAGGAUGAGCAACAUGAUUGCAAAAUAUAAAAGUCUUCCAUUUUAAUUUAAUUAAUGUUAUAGUAAGCGACGAUGAAAUUGCAGUUAGUUCGUGUGAAUAAGCUAUAGUGUAAAAUUUAAAACCGUUAUAUAUAAAUGUUCGCGUACAGAAAAGUUUCCAUUCAAGUUGUUUAAAAAAUGUGUACAUAAUUUAAGUAUAAGGUGUCUUGCAAACGGUUGAAAAAGCCAUCUCAAAUCGAAAAUCCAUAUUCCUACCGUAUCGCACCUAUAAAAGCACAGAACAUAUUCUAUAGCAAUGGUUUUAGAUUUUCUGGAUACUUUUGCUCUUUCGAUUUUAUGUGUAAUAACGAUAUUUAAAAUAAAGUUCAAUGAUGUUAGAUUAGAA